AUGCCUAUUUCGUCAUGGCUCGAGGAACUACAAGUUAUGGGUUGGCCAUCCUUUUUUCAACCUCAUAUUGAGGUGUUGCUAAUCUGGAUAACAUGGGCUUUAGAUUAUAUUGAUCUUGACUACCUAGAGCAUCUCCUGUGGCUUUUGUUACCCUUCAUUAUAGUUUUCGUAAUACCUGCUAUAUUAGUAGUGUUCAUUUACGGCUGUAUCAUAUUCUUGCAUGUCUACGGCCUACGUCAUCAGAUACGAGAAGCUUAUCAUACUAGUUAUUGGGAUGGAGCACGCGUGGCGAUCGCUUCUUUUUGGGACGCUGUUGGUUCAGUCUGGCAUGGGUAUGAACUAAAAGGAAUCGAAAACGUUCCUGAUGAUGGUCCUGCUCUCUUCAUCUAUUACCAUGGAUGUCUCCCUCUCGAUGUAUACUAUCUCAUAUCCAAGCUAGCUAUUCAUAAAAAUCGUGUUUUGCAUUGUGUCGGAGAUAAGUUCAUUUUCCGCAUACCAGGUUGGAAGCCUCUCUGUAAAAUGUUCAGCAUAACACCAGGAACUGUGGAAGAAUGCACUAAAGAAUUGUUAGAAGGAAAUCUUCUGUGCAUUGCUCCCGGAGGUGUUCGAGAAGCUUUGUUUUCUGAUCCCAAUCUGUAUGAUAUACAAUGGGGCAAACGGUUAGGAUUUGCACGUGUAGUCAUUAACUCCAAAACUCCUGUCAUACCAAUGUUCACGGAAAAUUGUAGAGAAUCUUUCCGGACCCCUGAAUGGGGAAGAAGCUUUUUCCGAUGGAUUUAUGAAAAAACUAAAAUACCUUUGUGUCCUAUAUAUGGAGGUUUCCCUGUAAAAAUGGUAACCCAUUUAGGAAAACCAAUAACAUUUGAUUUCGACAAUGUCUCUCCAGAAGAGGUUCGUCGUCAGAUAAAACGGGAGAUUCGUGGCUUGAUAAAAUCUCAUCAACGACUACCGGGUAGUAUCAUUAGAGGAGUAUUACAGAGAUUCCAAUCGAAAAAGGAGGAUGAGACUCCUGAGCAAGUGGAACUUCUCACGGGUCCUACAUCUGAUACUAAGCUGGAAGAUCAAAUUCUCCCAAGAGUUGAAUAA